AUGGCGGCGACGGGCAGUUUCAACCAGAAGGUGGUCCCGGUUUUAGCAAGCCGGCGGGUUCAGGCUGUGACCUCUGCGCGACUUUCGCGCGAUCGUGCGGCUGAGUUCGGUGACCCAGCCUUGCAAUCAAUCAGCUUCUCCGAGGAGUUGGACCUGGCCUCGCUGAAGAAGUCUUUGGCCUCGCUGAACUCCAAGCUGCGCCAGUCCCAGAGCCACGUGCUGCGCGCCGUGCAGGCGAAGGCCGCAGAGUUUCAGGAGGCCGCCAGGCACACCGCCGAGCUGGAUCAAGUCAUCUCCGACCUGGGCGCCGACUUCUCGCGCUACGACUGGCUUCCAGCGGCUCCGGACCCCCCUGACGGAGGCGCCUGGACACCGGUGCUGGCGCUGGUCCCGGGCGCCCAGGCCGCCGCGGAGGCGCGGGCGGCGCGGCAGGCGGAGCUGGCGGCGGUGGACGCGGCCAUCGAGGUGAUGCAGACGGUGCUCGACGCCGAGGAGCGCAGCACUCGGCUGGAGCAGCUUUUGGCCGCAGACCAGCUGCUUCCGGCGGCCCAAGGCCUGCUGGACCUCCACUCCUGCCUCGCCAGCGUCGCCGCAUCGGAGAUGGUCGAGAAGGCUGUGGCCAAGUAUGGCCAGCUGCGGCGUGGGCUGCUGGCCAAGGUGGAUGUCGCCUUUGCCGAGCGCCUUCGCUUUGAGCCGCAGCAGGUUGUGGUGAGAUCAGUGUCGGAGCUAUGGGACUGCUUGGGGCUGUUGCAGCUUGUGCAGCAGAAGGUGCGGGCGGUUGCAGAAGACCUGCGGCCCGUGCUGGCGCGGCUCUUGGGCGCGCGCCGGCCGCAGGCGCUCUUUGAGCAGAAGGACCAAACGGCGGUGUGGCGCUGGGCCGAGGCGGCCGAGGCGAAGGCGGCGGUGGAUGUCCCGAAGGUGCUGGAGGCCGUGGCGAGCCUUUUGGAGUUCGUGGCACUGCACUGCGCCGGCACCGCCGAGGUCUCCCGGGCCUUCGGCUUCAGCUUGUACCCCCAGGUGGCGCGACAGCUGCGCAAGUUGGAUCUUUGUGCCGCGGAAACUGCCGUGGAGCAGUUUGAGAAGCGGCUCCAGCUGCAAGGCUUGAUCGGCGACGGCGAAAGCAGCCUUUCGCGGCAUGUGCGCGCUCAAAUUCAGGCGUCCGUGCUGGGAUUCAGCACACGUUGCCGUGCUUGUGCUGCAGGCUAA